GCGCCCCGCGCAAGGCUGCCGCUCGGGCGGGACCCUGGCUGGACCGCGGGCCCCGGCCUGGGGGCACAGCUGCUACCGCCGCCGCCACCUCGUCUCCUCCCCGUCCCCGCCCCGCGUCUCCUCACCUCCCUCGGGUCCGCGGCCGGGGUCCCUCCCCGCCGCCCCAACCCUGCGCGGAUGCCGAAGGUGAAGGCGCUGCAGUGCGCCCUGGCGCUGGAGAUCCGCUGUGUAACUUGCCCAGGAGUGGUGCUGAAAGACAAGGAGGACAUCUAUCUUAGCAUCUGUGUGUUUGGCCAAUACAAAAAGACACAAUGUGUCCCAGCCAGUUUUCCACUGGUGUUCAAUGCCAGAAUGGUGUUUGAAAAGGUGUUCCCUGAAGCAGUAGACCCUGGAGAUGUGGUUGCACAGCUUGAAUAUGAUACAGCAUUGUUUGAGUUGAUUCAGCUAGUUCCGCCAGUGGGUGAAACACUGUCUACAUAUGAUGAGAAUACACGAGAUUUCAUGUUCCCGGGUCCAAAUCAGAUUUCUGGACACCAUGACUCAAACCGCCAGGCAACCAUGAGGAAGAUUUCUGGCCUUCACGGAAUUGCUCCAAAGCUGGAAUUUUCUACAACCUCAGUGAUUACCGAAUGUCUGAUAAGUUCAAGGAAGUGCCACACUCAGGAUAAAUUUAUUCACCAUACGGCUCCAGUUGAAAAAUCACACGGCAGACUGCAAACCAGAACAUCAAGGUCACAAAAGAAAAACUCCAAAUCACCUGAGAGAAAUAAAUAUUGCAUAAAUGCAAAAAACUACGAACAGCCUACAAUUUCUUCAAAAUCACACUCUCCAUCUCCUUACACAAAAAGACGCAUGUGUGAGCUAUCUGAAGACACUAGGCAGCGGCUGGCGCAUUUAAAUCUGGGGCCCUAUGAAUUCAAAAAAGAAACAGAUAAACCUCCAUUUGUGAUUAGACAUGUUGAUCCCCCAAGUCCCAGGGCUGAUGCUUUAUUUGGAUCUUCUGGCAGAGACUGUGAAAGAAAUGGAUGGUCCAGGCUGCACAAUGAUCAUUCUCAUCUUCGCUGCUACCGACCCAAGGAUUAUAAGGUCAUCAGAACACCUCAUGGGAGAGACUUCGAUGACUCUUUGGAAAGAUGUGAUGACUAUUUGAGUUCAAGGUCACGUAGCAAGCCCCAGCAUUCAUCCAGGACCUCACUCGUUCAUUCAGCACCCUCUACAAUGCCGAAGCAUUCGCCAAGCCCUGUGUUAAAUCGUGCUUCUCUCAGGGAAAGAUUCCAUUCUGACUGGUGUUCACCUUCAAACUGCGAUGAGAUCCAUGACCGGGUAAAGAAUGUCUUGAAAUCACAUCAGGCUCAUCAGAGACAUUUAUAUGAUGAGAGAGACCCAGAGAAAGAAGAUGAACUGGAAUUGAAAAGAGGUCUUUUAUAUAGAGACUCUGCCUAUGACAGUGACCCAGAGUAUAGUUCAUUUCAGCAGCCACGUGGCACUCUCCAUUUGGAUGAUGGCGAAUACUGGUCCAACAGGGCAGCCUCUUAUAAAGGAAAAUCCUACAGACCCAUCUUUGAGAACAGCAUGGACAAGAUGUACAGGAGCUUAUACAAAAAGGCCUGUAGUUCUGUUUCUCAUACACAGGAAGGCUGCUGAGACCAGUGGUGAUAAACUGUAUGAGUGUCCUUGUCAACUUCUCAAUGAAAACGUUUGAUGUGA